AUGAAGGGGAGCAGCACGCUUCUGCUGGGGGCUCUAACCCUGAUCUGCAUCUGUGGGCUGAGCACAGCAGAGGAUGACAACGAGUUUUUCAUGGAAUUCCUGCAAACACUGCUGGUGGGAACCCCAGAAGAGCUCUUUGAAGGGCCCCUGGGCAAGUACGAUGUCAAUGACCAGGCCAAGUCAGCACUGACAGAGCUCAAGACCUGCAUCGAUGAACUGCAGCCCGUGCAUAAGGAGCAACUGGUCAAGCUGCUGGUACAAGUGUUAGACACUCAAGAGGACACAUAAGCAGGCCUGAAACAUGGCUUGACUUCCAUAAAUGACAGGACCAGCCACACGAGCAGCCAUGGAUGUGCUAAGGCCACCGCUUCCUCACAAAAAAAUUCACCCUCAAACUGUUAAAUCAAUAAAGCGUCCUGAGCCCAG